AUGUCCAUGCAGGAGGUCUCCGUGUUCUCCAAAGAUCUGCGUGAGGCUGCUGAAGUCGGUUCUGGAACCAACAUUGUUGGCAAUUAUGAAUUGCACGACUUGGUCCAGCUUGAACUGUCGGUGUCAUUUUCAAAACUGAGCGAGACUCCUUCUGUGUUCUUGAUCAGAAUGGUCAAGUACAAUUGGUGCAACCCUCACCAAAUAUCAAUGUGGUGGAACUCCAACUGUGCCAUUGCUACGGACUAUGAAAGUCACAAGCUCUGUGUACAAGACAAUGUCAAGGAAAUUGAAGGAGAGUCUCGUAAAGGUCAGGUAUUGCACAUCCACCAGUCAUUCUUCACCUUCCUACACAACAGGGACAUCCUUGAAAAUGGCAGUGUAUUUGUCACCCAGUGUUGCUCUCUAGCAUUGGUUGCACCCAAGGGUAACCUCAUUAAGCCAGGGAUGGACCUAGGCAAGAUGUGUCCCUAA